AGCAGGCAGCGACAGCAGACACUCGGCGAGAUGACCCUUGAAGAAUUCUUGGUUCGAGCUGGGGUUGUGAGAGAAGAUGUCAAUCCUCAACCAGGACAGAGACAGAUGAUCGGCAAUAAUGCUGCCAACAAUAACCAUGGAGCAGCUAAUAAUAGUAACAACAGCAUCUUCUUUGGGGAUUUACCCAAUUCGAGUAAUACAAAUCCCGGGCUAGCUCUCGGGUUCUCUCAACCUGCAGCAAGAAACGCCGGAGGGAUUGUGCACAGCCAGAUUCCCAACAGUACUACGAGGCCGUUCCCUGCUCCGUUGCAGGUGGCAGGUAAUGUUGAUAUUGGGAAUCAGCAGGGGAUGAGAGGAGGGAUUGUUGGGAUUGGAGAUCAUGGGAUGAGCAAUGGGUUGAUGUCUAGUGUGGUGGGUUUGAGUGGUGGAGGGGGAGGAGUUACAGUGGCGACCAUUGGGUCGCCGGAUGGACUUGGGAAGGGAAAUGGGGAUCUCUCCUCGUUGUCUCCGGUGCCGUAUCAUGUUUUUGGGUCUGGGAUUAGAGGGAGGAGGAGUAAUGGGGCUGUAGAGAAGGUGGUGGAGAGGAGGCAGAGGAGGAUGAUUAAGAAUAGGGAGUCUGCUGCGAGGUCACGUGCUAGAAAACAGGCUUAUACCAUGGAGUUGGAAGCUGAAGUUGCUAAACUCAAAGAGCAAAACCAGGAAUUACAGAAGAAACAGGAGGAGAUCGUGGAAAUGCAGAAAAAUCAGGUUAUCGAGAUGAUCAACCAGCAGCGUGGCCCAAAAAAGAUUUGCUUGCGAAGGACACAAACGGGCCCAUGGCGUGGCAGCUACAUUUAGGCCGUCGUUCCAGUCUUUUACACGGAAAUUUCUCACGGUACAUCCACAGCCACAGCGAAUAUGAGAUGACUUAGAUUCUUCGCUUCUUGUAUGCUUUUUAAGUGUUGUGUUUUCCAUCAUGUAAGUUUCCGUGUGAAGGAGGUUUCUCUCUAGUCUUGGAGAUUUGUAGAUUAGCUGUUUGCUAUUUCUGUUUUAUUUUAACCCCUUAAAGAAAGGUCCUCACCAAUGUGUUCUUAAGAUGGUCAUCCAUGUUUCCGUGUUGUUGGUGAGGCUAUUGAAUUUCCUUGUUGCAGUUUUGAACUUUGUAUUUCUUGUUUUUGUGUAGAAUCUGUUAGUUGAGUCUCUAUUUGUGUAAUCCAUUAUCUAAAUAAAUGCGGGCUUUGCCUUUUGCUGUG